AGUGGGAAUCUGCAAUUAGAAUUGGCGUGCUGGACUGUGGGGAAGAAGAGAACUAUGAGACGUGCAAAGAAUAUGGUAUUCACUAUUACCCGACUCUCAGGUACUUCAAAGCAUUUACAAAUCAGUUUACUACCGGAGAAAAUUACAAAGGAGCAGAUCGAGAGCUGCAAACGGUUCGUCAAAUGAUGAUUGACUUUUUACAGAACCAUUCCCAAGAGUCGAGACCACCUGCUUGCCCGCCUUUGGAUCCAGUUUCGUCUGAAGAUAUUACUUCUCUCUUUGCCAAGAACCGCCAUCAUUAUACCGCCAUUGUGUUCGAAAGUGAGAAUUCCUACGUGGGCCGAGAGGUUAUCUUAGACUUGAUCCAGUAUGAAAACAUCGUUGUAAAGAGAGCGUUGAAUUUUGAUAAGCCUUUGCUUGAGAAACUUGGGAUUACUUCAGUCCCUUCGUGCUAUCUGCUGCAUCCAAAUGGGUCCCAUGGAUUAAUUAACAUCUUGAAGCCUCUGAGGUCUUCCUUUUCUUCAUAUUUAAAGUCACUGACAGGUGUAAGAAAAAAACUUCUUUUGCCACUUCAGCUACCUGUUCAAGAAAACAAAGAGGAAAGUACAGAAAUCAAGGUGUGGAAAGAGUUCGAUAAAUCUAAGCUCUACAUGGCUGACCUUGAAUCGGGAUUGCAUUACCUGCUCAGGGUAGAGCUUGCGACGCACAAGACACUUGAGGGAGCUGAGCUAAAGACCUUCAAGGAUUUUGUUACCAUCUCUGCCAAGCUUUUUCCUGGCCGUCAGCCUGUGGUAAAGUUGUUAGAGACCUUGCAAGAGUGGCUGGUGAGCCUUCCAUUAGACAAAAUCCCUUAUGAUGCUAUCCUAGAUCUGGUCAACAACAAAAUGCGGAUUUCUGGGAUAUUUCUCAGUAAGAAGGUUCAGUGGGUUGGAUGUCAGGGCAGCAGACCAGAGCUGAGAGGUUAUUCCUGUUCCCUUUGGAAGCUGUUUCAUACCCUCACUGUCCAAGCUGCGCUGCACCCAAAAGCUUUGAUAAAUACAGGUCUUGAAGAUAGUCCCCAGACAGUGCUUCAGAUCCUGCGGAGAUACAUUCACCACUUUUUUGGAUGCAAGGCCUGUGCCCAGCAUUUCGAAGAAAUGGCCAAAGAGUCCAUGGACUCCGUUCAGACCUUCGACAAGGCUGUGCUCUGGCUCUGGGAGAAACACAACGUCGUGAACAACAGGCUCGCAGGUGAUUUGACUGAAGAUCCAAAAUUUCCCAAAGUUCAGUGGCCAACCCCAGACAUUUGUCCUGCAUGUCAUGAAGAAAUUAAAGGAUUACACAGCUGGAACGAAGCCCAAGUUCUACAGUUCAUGAAGGCUCACUAUAACACUGAAAAUAUUCUAUAUAAAUACACUGAAAACCCGACUGACUCCAGUGAAGCUGAGCAGGGAGAUGCAAAGGAAGCGAACGACAAAAACCUUGUGAAGAAACCAACUGGAAACAGAGAAAAUAAGAUCCAGGAGAAAGAGAACAUGCUGGAUGCAGAUUCUAAGGUCUUGGAGAAGCUGAACCACAAAGAUGGGGGUAAAGGCGCAGUCGCAUCAGUUAAGGACACGAAGCAGGCCGUGUCGUUCUUGGGGAUCGGAUUUUCAAACAUAGACAUGAGCCUGUGUGUCAUCCUGUACGUAGCAUCGUCCGUGUUUUUGAUGAUAAUGUACUUUUUUUUCCGCAUGAGGUCUAAACGGUGGAAGGUGAAGUAUUACCGUUCGUCCGUAUAG